UCGACGAAGUGAAAUAUGUUUGACUAACGUAGCUUGGCCGUAACGUUAGCUGAGGUGUAUGAGGAAACGUGUUUUGUUUGUUUUGCUGUAAUACAGAAUGCCGAAGGUUGUGUCGCGAAGUGUUGUUUGCUCGGACACUCGAGAUCGGGAGGAAUAUGAUGAUGGAGAAAAACCUCUUCAUGUUUACUACUGUCUGUGUGGACAGAUGGUGCUUGUCUUAGACUGCCAGCUGGAGAAGCUUCCCAUGAGACCACGGGACAGAGCGAGAGUGAUUGAUGCAGCCAAACAUGCUCACAAAUUCUGUAAUGUGGAAGAGGACGAGAGUGUUUAUCUGAAAAGACCAGAAGGAAUUGAGAGGCAGUUUCGAAAGAAAUGUGGAAAGUGUGGCCUGCUUCUCUUCUACCAGCACCAGAUGAAGAACACUCCUGUGACAUUCAUCGUGGAUGGCGCAGUGGUGAAGUUUGGCCAGGGAUUCGGGAACACCAGUGUGUACAGCCAGAAGCAGGAGGCUCCCAAAAAAGUCAGGGUGAUGAUGACCAAGCGGACCAAAGACAUGGGCAAGUUCAGCUCCGUCACCGUUUCCACCAUUGAUGAGGAGGAGGAGGAGAUUGAGGCGAGAGAAGUUGCUGAUUCGUAUGCUCAGAAUGCAAAAGUCAUUGAGAAGCAGUUAGAAAGAAAGGGCAUGAGCAAGAAAAGACUGCAAGAGCUGGCUGAACUGGAGGCAAAGAAAGCUAAAAUGAAAGGAACUUUAAUAGACAAUCAAUUUAAAUAAGUGGUUGUGGAUGGUAAUUGCAAUGGAAAAGAGACAGCAAGGACAGGACAGUAGUGGACUCUGGUUAGAUAUUCCACCUCAUCAAAAUGCGGUCUUUGCAAACUAAAAUAAUUAACAUUCACUGAUGUUUGUUAUACAAACUUAAAAUUCCUGUGUUUUUAUGGAAAUAGUAAAUGGCUCAUCCAAAGUACAAACACAGGUUCAACAUCCAGCCACUUACGCCUGUAUUACAUUCACAAUCUUUUUUUUUUUUAUACAUUUUUAUUGUGUUCUAAUAAAUGUUGAGAUGCUUGUUAUUUUGUUUGUAUGGAGGGUUAGGGAUGUACGCUGAUGUGGAACACUUUUUGAUAUAUUUGAAAUGGACAAAUACAAAUGUUCAGAGGAUUUCUGUCUGUCCUCCCUCAUUUUCUCACACUGUCAGCUAUCCUUUCUAGGCUUAUGUUUAAAGUACUGAUCUGUAAAAGAUGAACUAAUUAAAUAGCAGAUGGGCUGUUUCAGUAAUCUACAU